GACCAAGACAAAACAGAAAGGGAAGCAGCCCAACCGGUGAGAAGAGGACGUUCCCGUGGAUGAGGUGACGGGCUGUUUUUGGUUUCAGGAAGGUGUCCAGAUAUCCAUAACGCAGACGCAGCGCCAGGACACCUGCAGACAGACAGAGAGAGAGACAGAGAGAGACAGAGAGACAGAGAGACAGAGAGACAGAUAGAGAGACAGACAGAUAGACAAACACACGGUGACACUGAGACAUGGUGAAGAUCAGCUUCCAGGCUGUCUCGGGACAGAAAGUGGAGAAGGAGAAUGAUGGCGACAAAACGGAGAUCCUCAUUCCCCAUCCGAUGGAUGAGGAUGAGCUGGUUCUGCCGCUGCGGCCCAAAAAGUCAGCCCUCAACGGCCUGUGCUGCCUGACGUUUGGUCUGGUUGUGUUCAUGGCCGGUCUGGUCCUUGCCUCCAUUUAUGUCUACCGCUACUACUUCAUACCUCAUAUCCCAGAGGAGAACCUGUUCCACUGCAGGGUGCUUUAUGAAGACUCCGCGUAUGCUCCUCUGCGUGGGCGUCAGGAGCUGGAGGAAAAUGUUGGCAUCUACUUGGGCGACAACUAUGAGAAGAUCACUGUGCCCGUGCCUCACUUUGGAGGCAGCGACCCCGCUGAUAUAAUCCACGACUUCCACAGGGGACUUACAGCCUACCAUGACAUUGCUCUGGACAAGUGCUACGUUAUCGAGCUCAACACCACCAUUGUGAUGCCUCCACGCAACCUACUGGAGCUACUUAUCAACGUGAAGAAGGGAACAUACUUGCCUCAGACCUACAUCAUCCAUGAGGAGAUGGUGGUGACGGGCAAAGUGCACAACAUGCGUCAGCUGGGACCCUUCAUCUACCGCCUGUGCAAUGGGAAGGACACAUACCGCCUGAACCGCCGUGUCACCCGCAGACGCAUCAACAAGCGCGAUGCAAAGGACUGCCACCACAUCCGUCACUUCGAGAACACGUUUGUGGUGGAGACUGUUAUCUGUGAUGAAGAGUAAACGCCGAGGUCUUCCGUGUCAUCCCACCCUCUCCAAAGGCACAUCUCCAGUCACCACCCCAGCCACUGUAGCAUCCUCCUGUUGAUCUUAUUAUGUCUGAGUUACAUUUAACUGUUUUAUUUCACUACCUGCCUGUUUAUUUUUUUUUUUUUUGGUUGUAUUUACCCUGAAAUGUGAUGCAAUACUACACAGUUGGUUAAAUCACAGGAUUUUCCAUGUAGCAAACUCCUUUAGCCAAUAAUGAUUUAGUAUUUCAAGACCUCUUCCUCUUCCUCUGGGGAUUUUGUACGGUGGUUACUGUCGUUGUGGGAGAUGACUGUCUCCAUGUGUCGUCAAGGAGACUGUUCUUUUGUUUUUCCUUUCUCCUGCCUCGGAGAUGUCGCCCAACAAUCAUCUGUGCAAAGCAUGAAAGCCUUGCUUCUCUGAGCAAACUCUAUCCAUAGAUUUCAAUCAUGUCUCAUGUUCUCUGAAAUGAUAACAUGUAACUGCUCAUGACUAGUUGCUUGCUUGCAUCUCUUGCCUGCCUGUUGCUUCCUUGCUCCCCUUUUUGCUUUUCAUUUCCUAGAAGGUUGCAUUAGGCAUUAAGUGUGCAUUCCCUUUUUUUUUGUAAAGGAUUCCAUCAUAAUUGAAACUGAUUAAGACCCAUCUUUAUUUUGGAUGCUGUUUUUUGUCAUCAGCUUUUCUUUUUUGCACACUCUUCAUCAAUGCCUUUUGUGAAUCAUUUUUUAAAUAAUAAUUCAUUAGUUUUUUUCUUGCAUGUGUUUAUCUAUAAGACAAAAACAGCUCUGUUUUGUAAACCAACGUUUAAAGCCUUAGUCCAGAGUCAGAGACUGGAUUAAAGUCAAUAGUACUGAAAGGAAACAUAUUAUAUGGUAUGUUAGUCAAACAAAAUCAACUUUGAUCUGUAAAUUUUGUCUGCCGAUGAAAUCAUGAAAUCUGUCUGUGAAUAAAGUAGU